UUAUGUUUGAUGUGUUUUCAGAGGAACGGCUGUCGUAACAGGACAAAAUGUUGGCGUCACCAUCGGAGUGAGACUGAUCCAAACCGGAGGACGUCUGAGUCUCGAAAUACCGUCUGGAGAUGACUACUGUAAGACCCGAGCUGACAGGAUCCGUGUGGAUAACCUGGGGUUUGUGGUGAACACUGCUCUCACAGCAGCGUUAAGGUUUGCAUUCACCUCCCAGGUUUGUUCCUCCUUCAGUCUUUAACAGAACCCAACCGGGUCAAUGAGUCCUGAACCUGCAGGUUUAGGUGCAGACUGUGUAUACCAACAUGUCUGUCUGUCUGUCUGCAGUUCUGUCCUGCUAUUAGAAAUCUUGUCCCUAAUGUAAACACCAUGUUGGCGGGCGUCGCCAUGACGAGGACUUUGAGCGAAGACCACAAAAUCAACCUUGACUACUCUCUGAGCGGAAACGUCACGGUGACGUCCAACAGCCUCGACGUGCCUUUCACAGGUGUGGUGUACUACGGUGACACAAGGCCUGCUUUACCAGCAGCAGGUGUAGUGCCGGUGUUCAAAGAUAAAGAUAGUAACCGGAUGGCUUACGUUGGCGUCUCUGAAGACCUGUUUAAAAGCGCCGGCCAGGCGCUCUAUGACCACGGGCCUUUUGAACUGACCGUUCCACAGAUUAAUUUGAUUGUUAAUUCUUUGCUGAAAAAGUUGGGAUUGCCUAAGGGUCCUGUUGAAGUUCAGCUCACUGGGGUGCCAGUCAUCAAAAUCAACAAGGAUGGAGUAUCUGUCAGCGUAAAGGCCAGCGCCCAAUCUAAAACCAAACCACUGCCUCCGCCUCUUGCCAUGGAGUGUCAGUUUGGGAUAAAGGUCGAUUUGAAUGGACGCCGUCUGAUUCUUCAGUCUCUAAGCCUCUCCAAGUGUAAAGCCAAACCUGGAACCAAAAAGGGAAAAUUUGUGGCGGGACUUGUUGAGGGCAUAAUUAAAUGGAUUCCAUCAAUAAUUAAGAUCUUGUUUAAAAAAGGAGUCCAGAUUCCUCUCCCUGAUGGACUGAACUUCACUCAGACAAAGAUCGACUAUCAUCCUGGCUACUUUGUGGUCGGGGGGAGCCUGACCCUCCCUGGGUAGUGAUGUCAUCCAUCUGUCUUCAACCGCUGAUCCCGGGGUCGGGUCACGGUGCAGCAGCUUCACUCAGGGACUCCAACUUCUCCUCUUCUGAGCCUCGUUGAUUGUCUUUAUUAUUAUUAUUAUUAUUAUUAUUACUAUUAUUAUUAUUAUUAUUAUUAUUAUUAGUGGCUGAGCAGCAAAGCUGCAGGACUGUUUAGGUGUGAAAGCGCCCUUAAUCUAUGUGGUUGUGGGUUUUUUCAAAGCAGCGACCAGUGACGACUGCCCCCCCAUCUCAUUUCUAACCAAUAACAUAAUUCGUCCCGCCCCGGCCCGUACCGACCCAGGUCGUUGUAACUCACAGUGAAAUGGACCCUAGUCUACCCGGACCCAACCCGAGUAGAUGGAGGAGGGGUACCACCUGGGUCUAACCCUGGUUGAGUCAUCGCUGUGAAGGAGCUGUAGGCUACGCUGUGGGCACAGCUAAUGAAGCUAAGCUAACCUUUAUUUCAAAGACAUCUCUAUUCAGUCAGAACCAAACGUUAAAUGUAAUAAUAAUAAUAAUAAUAAUAAUAAGGAAAGAACUACCAAACAUAACAGGGCUGUUGUUGGUGCUCGGUCCCUAAUAAUAAAGGACAUUAAAGACAGAAACAGCUUCUGUGAUGAUCCUGUUCUUCUAUUUUCUGUCUCUCAUGUCACUACUGACUUGACAUGUCAGACUUUAUCAGCUGUGAUACUGUUGUAACAGUACAACAAUGUUGUGUUACAAGGUGUGUCCUCCAUUCUGCUGUACCACUCCUUAU